UCUUCUCCGGUUCUCCCCUCUUUUUAAGAACCCUUGUUCUUCUCUCCGUUUCUUCAUAAAUUUUCUUCUUGAUUAGGAAAAACUGUUCUUCUAAAGAAACAAUAGUGUUAGUCUUCACUUUCAAGUAUGUCUGGAGUUGUACCAGGUCCACAAGAAGAUAAAAAACCAGUUAUUGAUCAAAAGCAGACGCCGAAGGCUGAAAAACCCAGUCAUAUUAACAUUACUGUCAAGAAAAAUGAUGAUAAUACUGAGGUUGCGUUCAGAAUCAGGCGGAGCAGUCAGUUUAGCAAGCUCAUCAGUGCUUACUGUGAGAUGAAGAAAAUUGAUAACAAGACCUACCGUUUCUUAUAUGAUGGUAAAAGACUAGACCCGAAACAGACACCAGAUGAUAUUGAAAUGGAAGCAGACGGUGAUCAAAUUGAUGUCAUGCUGGAGCAAGAUGGUGGUGGCAAAGCACUAAAUGUUGCACAAGUAUGUUGGGAUUAUUAGAGGUGUUUACGUUUUUUUUUGGAGGUCUUGAUCUGAGUUGGAAAAAAAGAGAGGUGGUGGUAGUUCAGACUUCAGGCCUAGUUGAAUACAUGUUGUCCAGUAUGUGUUGUUAAGUAUUCUAAGUUUCUAACUAUUAGUAUUUGGUUCUUCAAUCCUCUGCAAGGUAAUAUUACUGAAUUGAACUUUUCUUGCACUUAACAUUGGAUUAGUAUGUUCCCGAAAGGACAUGGCCCGUCUGAUAAUCAGUGAUGAUAAUUUUUCUGUUUAGUCUAAUCAGUGAUCACAUAGUUUCUCUCUCUCAUGUUACUUUUUUGAUAGAUUUGAAUAUCUAUUGAGUAUUGACUGAAGAAUAAAAGCACAGAGUCUUUCUUUCAUUUAAUAGGGACUUUUGCUCUUGUUCAAAAGAAAAAUAUGACUCCUCUUGUUCCCCAGGCCCCUAGACCACCUUCCCUAUGCUGCCUAGGGUAGAUAGUAUUCAAGCGUACACAUCACUUUUCUUUUCUUUUUCUUUGUCCGGAUAGAAUCUUAAAAGACUACUACACAGCACAGCUUGCACCGGUUGCUGGGAUUGAAUUCCUUUGCAACCCAAUUCUCUACUAGUGCAUGCAUUUGCCUCAUUUUGGUCUGUGAUUACAACCGGGAAUUCAAGGAAAAGACCACUCGCUGAUUGAUUGUUGAUACGAUUCUAUAACUUGUUUCAAAAAAAGAAAAAUCUACGACUAUGAACUAUCCCUGAUGCAUGUUAAGCUACUCUACAGUCUUUGAUUGUUGCCAAAACCAUUGGAUUUGCAAUAGAGACAUUGGAAAAAUAUAGAAAUUACUUGGGCCCUUUUGUAACACUCUUUUUCCCAAACCCAUUUAAGCUUAAUUUAAUGAGUCCACCCCGCUAAAAAUAAACUACUCCUACAAAAGUAGUAAGGAACACUGAGGAAACAAGUUUUAAUGAAAGAAAAGACUUAAAAUGGUGAAAAGAAUACAGGGGAUCAUAAAGUAGAGUUUUUGGAGUUGAAGCUGCUGGAAGAUGAAGAUUGGAGGAGGGGUACAGUACUUCUCUGAACAUGAUAAGAGAAAAUUUAAGUUUCAUAAAUCACUUACCAGAGUGAAAAUCAUAAAGACAGGGAUAAGACUAGAAGUGUGAAAUCAAGGGUUCAUAGUUUCUGAGUCUGGAGAUUAAGAUUAAGGGUUUUUUUAAUCUGAAUCAGAGAGCAGGAAAUGGAUCAAAGAUGCAAAGAAGAUAGGAGUAAUAUGGGAAGAAGUGAUGAAGAUGUUGAGAAGUUUAAAGUAGUGCAUUUCUUCACAACUCUUUCAAAGAGUUUUCGCUCCAAACUUAAAUUCCCUGAGAAGUUUGUAAGGAAAUGUUUGAGGAAAGAAUUAUCAAACAUUGUGAGUCUGAGAGGACCUAGUGGGCGAAUUUGGACAGUUGAAUUGAUGAGAAAAGGAAGUGAGGGUGAUGAUGGUGAUGAGAGAUUGUAUUUGGGAAAGGGGUGGGAGAUAUUUGUUAAAGAACACAAUCUGAAAGAAGGUGAUGUUUUGUUUCUUAAAUACAAAUUAGGGGGUUCAGUUUUUGAUGUGUUAGUGUUUGAUGAUGAAAACUUCUGUGAGAAAGAAAGUUCAUAUUUUGUUAGGAAUUGCAAGAAUGAAGGUUGUCAUAUGAGCAACGGCCGAUUGAAUGAGAGAAAAAGAGUAGAAAGAGAACCUUCUGCAGAAAUCACUGAACCUAAGAGGUUGCCUAAGAAAGUGAAAGGAAAACGAAUCGCCAGUAGCGAUGAUGAAGUUGAGGAUAGUGGUAGCAAAACAUCACGAUUACCUGGUCGGAAAGGCACAACCCCAGCUUAUGUUAAGCGCGAGCAAGGUUCGGAAGAGAAAGAAAGCCAAGUAGACCCGAUGGCACUUGUGUUGAGGAACGGAGCUCCUAAAGUAAAAGGUGCAGCUUAUCCACAAGCUCUCCGUGAAGGUACACGCAAGGGAAAGCCACAUUUUGUUAUAGCCAUGAAAUCUACACAUGUGUCAAGCAUCUUCACCAUGACAGUUCCUGUUAUCUUUGCAAAUAAGAAUAUACCUCGUGCAACUAAAUUUGCAUCCCUCAAGGUGAAUGGUAAAACAUGGUUAGCUGAAUAUGUAUCUUUUGGAGCAAGUAAGAGUUCUGGAUUCCGUGGUCGGGGAUGGAGAAAUUUUGUGCGCAGUAACAACCUUAAAGUGGGAGAUGUCUGCCUGUUUGAGACUACUUCUUCAUCGUCAUCUAAAACUUCAAAGAAAUCAACCAAUCUUGAUGUUACAAUCUUUCGUAACUAAGAUGUUCUGUUAAGGUGACACCAUGUCCAGCAACAAGUAGAAGAUCAGACUUGUUUCGUUUCUGCUUAUUCUACUCUGUACCAGGUUUCAAACUAUAUUUUAGAUUUGAAUGUUGAUUGUUAUGUUAUGAAGUCUUAGUAUGAAAUUGUGCUGUUGCUAGAUGCAUUGGCACUGAACAAUUCAU